AUGGUUUUCACUCUGUUCAAACUACCAAUACUAUGUCUAGAAUGCUGUCUGAAAAAUAUGGAUUCGUUGGAUUUACUAUUCCUAUCGUUUACGUCGCGAAAACUGCUCAACCUGAUCCGUCGUACGCGUACAUCUGUCAUUCGAUUCGGUGUGGAGUGUGACUCUGCGGGCUAUCGAACCGUUGUGACUAUCGUACGCCGAGGAGGUGUGGAGAAUGGAAAAUGGACGUUCAAUUUGCCGUUUUCCGUACCAGGAAUAAAGAAGUGGAUUAAAGGAUGGGAAUUCAUGUUUUGGCGAAACCCGAACAACUCUAUCCAAUCCUACACCACCGUCUCCCAUAUCCACGAAGAAUUAAAUCUGGGUCUCGCCUAUUUGAUGUAUCUAUUCAAAUGCAAGACAUUAAGAGUCUCAAUCACAGGACUCACAACAAUCGACAACGGAAAACUGAAAUUUUUAAUAGAGAAUUUUCGAAUUGCCGAGAGGUUCGAAAUAAAUGCUCCAAUGCACUCUACUUUCCAAUGCGACCCGGAAAUUUUCCAAUCAAAGGAAUUAGUGAUGGGCGGGGAGUGGAUAACAAGAGAUAUUCUAUUCGGACUGAAAUGUUCCUGUAUUUUUCUGAAAAACUGUCACAUUUUGCAAAUGAAAGAUUUCGAGGCGUUUAUAAGGAGAUGGUUUAACUCGACGGAUACGGAGUUUCGUCAACUGGCUAUGGUUGUUGAUCUACCAAGGAAUCGAUUUAAUUUGAAGAGACAGAAACUGAUGAAAUGGGAUCCCGAGAUGAGGAGCAGAUAUUAUCCAUUCAACGAGACGGAAGCCUUAGACUGCGAAAACGGAAAGGACUGUGUACGAAACGACGGACUACUGGCGACAGUGCUGAAGAAACAAAAAAUGUUAAUUUUUGUAGUUUGGCAUGAUCGACAUCCUGAUGUAACCGGGUUACAGAUUGUUUGA